AUGAAGUUGCUCACCAUCUCCUUGCUCGCUGGCAUGGCAUCCGCCAGUAAUGGCACGGGCUACACCCAGGAGUCUGAAGUGCCCUACUACGGGUUGAGUCCACCAGUGUAUCCAUCGCCGGAGGGAUCCGGCAACUCGAAUAGCAGAUGGGCCCGCGCCUACGAGCAGGCAAAGCACCUGUCAGCCCAGCUGACAUUGGAGGAGAAAGCAAAUCUCACCCGCGGUUAUACCGGUGCUUGUGUUGGUAACAGUGGGGCGGUGCCUCGUUUGGGUAUACCGUCGCUAUGCUUUGCAGACGCUCCACUUGGAGUUCGAGGACAGGAGUUCGUGUCCUCAUUCCCAGCACAAAUCCAUGUUGCCGCCACCUGGGAUCGCCAGCUCAUGUAUCAGUAUGGUAAAGCUCUAGGUGAUGAAUACCACGACAAGGGAGUCCAUGUCGCCCUUGGACCCGUUGCUGGUCCCCUUGGCCGAAUGGCUCGAGGAGGCCGCAACUGGGAAGGCCUCAGUAAUGAUCCCUACCUCGCCGGGGAGGGUCUGGGAGAGAUUGUUGCCGGCACCCAAGAUGCUGGCGUUAUCGCAACCGUUAAGCACUUUCUGCUGAAUGAGCAAGAAUGGCGACGUAUGCCAAACGAGCUGGGCGAGUCUAUCAGUGCCAACGCAGACGACAGGACAAUCCAUGAGCUUUACCUAUUCCCAUUCAUGAGGGGAAUCAAAGAAGGCGCCGGAGCCGCAAUGUGCGGAUAUAACCGCGUCAAUAACUCGUACGCUUGUCAAAACUCAAAACUGAUGAACGGUCUGUUGAAGACCGAGCUUGGGUUUGAGGGCUUCGUUGUCAGUGAUUGGCAAGGACAACAUUCUGGAGUGGCCUCCGCGAAUGCAGGACUGGACAUAGUCAUGCCGGACGGAGGAUUCUGGGGCAACAAUCUAACCCAGGCGGUCAACAACGGAUCCGUUACGACAACACGAGUCACGGAUAUGGUGACCCGUAUCCUUGCUAGUUGGUACUAUAUGGGCCAGAACGACGCGUUCCCCAAAAAGGCCAUGUAUUCGAACGCCCAAAAGCACGAACCCGUCAAUGUUCAGGGCGAUCAUUCUUCCCUCAUUCGGGAGAUUGGUACUGCCGGUACGGUUUUGGUCAAGAACGUCAACAAUGCUCUGCCGCUCCAGAAGCCAAACUUCGUAUGCGUCUAUGGGUACGACGCAACACUAUCUCAGUCGCCAUGGCAAAACCCGUCUCGUUUUGGUGGUGGCUAUGAGGUCAAUUUCGGCUGGAACACCUUCAACGGUACCAUGAUCAUGGGUGGAGGCUCUGGGUCUGGUGCGCCCCCCUACGUUAUCAGCCCCUUCCAAGCUAUCCAGGAGCGAGUCGUCAAAGACAAGGGAAUCCUCCGUUGGGACUUUGCUUCUGAAAACCCCUCGCCCGCAUACGUCAACGCAGAUGUUGCCCUUGUUUUCAUCAACGCAUAUGCAUCUGAGAGCUUCGACCGCAUCUCCUUGGCGGACACAUUCAGCGACAACCUGGUCAACAAUGUGGCCGCAAACUACUCCAACACCAUUGUCGUAGUACACUCUGCCGGUAUCCGAACCGCUGAGAAUUGGAUUGACCACCCAAAUGUUACGGCUGUCCUCUAUGCUGGACUGCCAGGACAAGAAAGUGGGAACAGCCUCGUCGACAUCUUGUGGGGGGACGAGAGUCCUAGCGGCAAGCUGCCAUACACCAUCGCCAGGAAUCAAUCAGACUAUGGCGCUCUGCUAAACUCAACAGUGUCUUUUGAUGCAUUCCCACAAGACAACUUCACAGAAGGUCUGUUUAUCGACUACAGGUACUUCGACAAGAAUGAAAUCGAACCACUCUUCGAGUUUGGCUUCGGACUGUCUUACACUACUUUCGACUAUGGGAACCUGACGAGCUCACUGGCUUUGAACGCUAGCACUGCUCCGCUGCCGGAUGCUUCCGUUCCUAUAGUCCAAGGCGGGCAUCCAUCCCUGUGGGACACAAUUGCUACAGUGACAUGCACCAUUACCAACAACGGUAGCGUCGCUGCCUCUGAGGUUACUCAGCUAUACAUUGGCAUACCUGGUGAUGAAUUUGAAGUUCCAGUCCGCCAGCUGCGCGGUUUUGAAAGAGUACCUCUGCAGCCUGGGGAUACAAGUACGGUCACCUUCGAUCUGACGAGGCGAGAUCUAAGUGUCUGGGAUCAUAUUGUCCAAAAAUGGCGUUUGCAGCCUGGUACUUACAACGUUACUGUCAGUGCUACUACAAGCCAGAAGUUUGAGCUACUCGACUUUGUGAUGCUUUGGUGGAGAUGA